UUCAAGCCCAGCACAUGACGCUCUAACGAUCAUAUAUAAAAACGUCACGAGCAGCUGCAUUAACACGCUGUGUGUGUGUACUGUCAAAUAGUAAAAAUGACUGACCGCAGUGGAGAAUGUAAUAUUAUGAAGUUAGUCAAAAUUGUGUCUCUCAGCUUAUUAUUCGUUGUUAUAGUAUGUUUCGUUGCAGCCACUUUAAGGACUCUGACGUUUGACGUGAAUUCAGGACUUCAACUUGCACACUGGGAAAAGACGAACAACAUUGCGUCUGACAUAAACCAGCACCAGCGAAAGGAGCUUCUUGCUAAUUUCAGAGAGGCUAUCCAGAUUCCCACGGUGUCAACAGCGAAGACGCAGCUCAACAUCACCGCACUGGGCGAGUUCGACAGCCUCCUGAGGAGAGUUUUCCCUACAGUUUUCUCUUCCCACCUGGUCCAGCAUGAGGUUGUGGCCAACUACAGCCACCUGUUCUGGGUGCCUGGCUCUGACCUGGCCCUGGUCCCCUACAUGCUGCUGGCCCACAUAGAUGUGGUGCCUGCUGAUGAGAAUGAUGGAUGGGAGGUCCCACCAUUCUCUGCAAAGGAGAUAGAUGGAUUCAUCUAUGGUAGAGGGACCAUCGAUAACAAGCAGUCCGUCAUGGGAGUCCUCCAGGCGCUGGAGUACCUGUUGAUAAGAGGUUAUUCUCCGCAAAGGGGAUUCUUCAUUGGUCUGGGUCAUGAUGAAGAGGUGGGUGGCUUGCAGGGGGCCAUGAACAUAGUGAAGGUGCUGAAGAGGAAAGGGGUGCAGCUGGCGUUCAUACUGGAUGAGGGUCUGGCUGUGCUGGAUGGAGUCAUCAGUGGUCUGCAGGGGCCUGCUGCUCUGAUUGGGAUCAGUGAGAAGGGACAAGCCACGGUGAAACUGAGUGUCUUCAAGGCCCCGGGUCACUCCUCCAUGCCUCCCAGAGAGAGCAGCAUCGGCAUCCUGGCUGGAGCUGUCAAAAGGUUGGAGGACAACCCUAUGCCCAUAUUGUUUGGUGAAGGCCCUGAGCGCAGGACCUUUGAACACUUAGCUCACAGGUUUGGACUCCCAAUUAAGUUUGUCAUGUCAAAUAUGUGGCUGUUCUCUCCACUUAUUGGCAGAGUAAUGGAAAGAAGUCCUGACACAAAUGCUUUUUUGAGAACCACAACUGCAGUCACCAUGUUCAACUCUGGUGUUAAGGUGAAUGUUCUUCCCUCCCUUGCUGAGGCCUAUGUGAAUCUGCGGAUACAUCCAGCACAGACCGUAGAAGAGGUUCUAGAGUUCAUCCAAUCCACAGUGGGAGAUGAGAGAGUGAAGAUGGAGCUGGUGAAUGGUUUUGACCCACUGCCUGUCAGCUCGUAUGAUGAAACAUCCUUUGGGUUCCAGACCAUCAAGAAGACCCUGCUGGACCAGUUCCCACAAGUUACUGUUGCGCCUGGUGUCUGCAUCGGGAACACAGACAGCCGCCACUACACUGACCUGGCCAAGGACAUCUAUCGCUUUGCACCUACCUGGAUCAGACCAGGGGACACCCAGAGGUUCCAUGGUAUUAACGAGAGGAUUUCUAAGAAGAACUAUGAGGAACUGGUGGUCUUUUAUUUCAAUCUGAUCCAGAACUGUGACAUCAAGGAGCUCCCUUCUCCCCACAGUGCUGGCCAUGAGCUCUAAAGCAGUAGGGUAUUUGGGGGCCACUUACAUUCAUAAUCUAGAUAAAAAUGAGUUUGUUGUUAGAUUCUAUUUACCCCUUCAGGUUGGGUCCCUCCUUUAUUUUGGAUGAAGUACAGACAUAUCUUGGUGAUGCUAAUAUAUAUAUUAAUAAUAAUAAACAACAACAAACUACCAAUGCUAUAGUUUGAAUGAAGACAGUCUGAUUGUAUUAUCAGUGAGUACAUCAAUUCAAUGUUACUCAGACAUCAAAAGGGGGCAGGCUCUCACGAGGAACAGACAUGUAAACAUGGAGAUUUUGAUCUCUGUGUUGUAAAAAAACAAAACACUGGUGACGGUAUUGCAUAAGAGAGAUGGAGUUAGAUUUUUAUUAUGGCCAUAAAGUUUUUAAUGGGUAUAAAAAAAUCAAUGUAAUAUGUUACUAUUUUGUUAUUGGUCAUUGACGUGAAACUUGAAUUGGAAAUCAUUGUGGUGGGUGAAGUGUAUGCAGUGUGCUGUGAGAGCUACUGGACAAAUGUCCUCCCUAUGGAAUGGUUUCUAAACAAAUAUAAAGAUAUGAUAUAAAUCAUUUAUUUUCAAUGCACAUUAAUGGUAUGAAACUUGAAAUAUUUUGACUAAGCGUGAUAUCUUACUUGCUGAUUUCUAUGAGUUACUUUAGGUUUUUUUGUGUGAAUAUUUAAUACAGGUUAAUUGAGGUGCAAUACUUGAUUUAUCUGUUUGAGAACUGAAAUUCUAAAAAAUGUCUUGAAAUACUGCUGCCCGGUGUGUGAGGUACUGGGCCAAUAAAGCUGAAGAUAUCAUUGAUGUGGUGAACAUAAUGGUUAAUAAACAUGAUGCACUGUG